AUGGAGAGCGGCGGCGAGGGACCCCCGGCUGAGGCGCUCUGGGCGGCGGCCGAGCCCCCACAGGGAGAGGGAGAGGGAGAGGAGAGCGCGGCGGAGCCGGCGGGGCCGGAGGAGCCAGACCUGGUGGCCCUGAGCCUGGAGGGCAGCGGCGGGCCGCGGCGGCCUCUGAGGGCCGUGUACGUGCGCAGCGACGGCUCGCAGGACGGCGCGGCCGGCGGCUUUGAGGUGGGAGCGUUCCAGUGCCUCGCUCGCGCCUGCGAGGCCGAGGGCGUCGACCUCAGCACCGUGCCCUUCGGGGAGCUCGACUCCGGGGACCCGGCCGUACUCGACGUUUUCUACCGAGCAGAUAUUGCCGUGGUGGACAUGAGUGAUACCUCCAAACAGCCUUCACUUUUCUACCAUCUUGGAGUUCGAGAAAGCUUCAGCAUGACCAAUAACAUGAUCCUGUACUAUGAUACCGACAAUGACACUAUUCUUUCAUGGAAGGAUAUGAUAACUCAUAAAAAAUCAGCAUAUAUUGGAAAUUAUUAUAUCAUCUCAUACAUCGUUAAACCAUGCAAUGAUUACAUUUGUGGCCAGAGUGACUUCCAGAGUCUUUCCUCGGAGUAUGUGCAGCCCGACUUGGUCACCAUUAUGGGUUCCCUGUGCGUGCCCCUGUUGGACAGGUUAAGCAGCCUCCUCAAGGAAAUCCACAUGACCUCAUGUUUUUAUUAUGAAGAAACUUUGUUAAAUGAUAUCCAGAGAGCCAGAGAGAGAUACCAGGACAAAGAACUGGCGAAGGAGCUGGCUUGGAUCAAACUCCGCAUAGAGAAUACCAAUGUUCUGAGUUCAGAUAUCAUCAUUAAUUUACUGCUGUCCUACCGUGAUGCCCAGGACUAUGAUGGAAUGGUGAUGCUGGUAGAAAGACUGGAAAUCCUGCCUACAUGUGAUUUGGCCGACCAACAUAGUAUUAAAUUCCACUAUGCAUUUGCACUGAGUAGGAGAAACUCGGAAGGUGACCGUGAUAAGGCUCUGCAGGUCAUACUCCAGAUCCUAAAUAGCUGUGACAACCCGACCCCUGCUAUGUUCUGCCUGUGUGGAACCAUCUACAAGGACAUGUUUUUGGAUUCACACUGCCAAGAUUACGUCAGCAGAGACAGCGCCAUUGAAUGGUAUCGCAAAGGGUACAAGCUCCAGUCAUCUCUUUAUACCGGAGUUGACCUUGCAGUUUUGCUGAUAGUCGCUGGACAACAAUUUGAAAUGUCUUCGGAACUAAGGAAUAUAGGUGCCCAGCUGAACAAUUUGUUGGGAACAAAAGGGUGCUUGGAGCAAAUGAGCAAUUACUGGGAUGUGGGUCAGUUCUUCAUCAUCAGCUUGUUGGCCAGUAAUGUCAGGAAGGCCAUCCAUGCAGCAGAGAGGUUGUUCAAACUGAGGCCUCCAGUCUGGUACUUGCAAUCACUAGUUCAGAAUUUGUUUUUAAUUCUGCACUUCAAGAAACCUGUUAUUGAACAUUCACCCAGGAGAGAACAGCUUACCUUCUGGUUAGAUAUAAUUUUUGCAGCAACAAACAAAGAUACUAAUGGACUCAGAUUUCCAGUUUUAGUGAUAGAACCAACCAAAGUCUACCAGCCUUCAUAUAUCUCUGUAAACUGUGAAGCUGAGGAGAGGACAGUUUCUCUGUGGCAUGUCUUACCCAUGGGGAUGCAAGUCCAUAAAUGGAAUUUCACAGCCACUUCCAUUAAGGGAAUAAGCAUAUCCAGGUUUGAUGAACGGUAUUGUUUUCUUUUUGUCCAUGGCAAUUCUGAUGACUUUCAAAUCUACUUUUCCACCAAAGAGCACUGUAGUAGGUUUUGCUCUUUGGUCAAAGAGAUGUUAAAUGCAGAGGACAAUACAAUGGACGUGGAGGGAGAGAUGGUUGAGGACACCUUAGAGUAUGAGUAUGACCGAGAUGCAACUGGCAAUCGAGUUAUACUGGGGAGAGGUGCAUAUGGGAUCGUGUAUGCCGGAAGAGAUCUGAGCAAUCAAGUACGGAUAGCUAUCAAAGAAAUCCCAGAGAAAGAGAGCAGGAACACCCAGUCCCUUCAUGAGGAGAUAGCCCUGCACAGGCACCUCAAGCACCGCAAUGUCGUUCAGUACCUGAGCUCUGUUUCCGAAAAUGGCUACAUUAAGAUAUUCAUGGAGCAGGUGCCUGGUGGAAGCCUUUCUACUCUUUUGCAAUCAAAGUGGGGGCCGUUAAAGGAGUCCAUCAUCAAGUUUUACACCAAGCAGAUCCUGGAAGGCCUUAAGUAUCUCCACGACAACCAAGUUGUGCACAGAGACAUAAAGGGUGAUAAUGUUCUGGUGAAUAUCUAUAGCGGAGUACUGAAAAUCUGCGAUUUUGGAACAUCUAAACACCUUGUAGGAGUGAAUGCUUGUGUAGACACGUUUGCUGGCACUCUGCAGUACAUGGCACCUGAGAUUAUCAAUCAAGGACUUCGUGGGUAUGGCUCCCCAGCUGAUAUUUGGUCCCUAGGCUGCACCGUCGUUGAGAUGGCCACUGGCAGGCCUCCAUUCUAUGAGCUCGGUGAUCCUCAAGUGGCAUUGUACAAAGUGGGGAUGUUUAAGAUCCACCCUGAUAUUCCAGAAGUCCUUUCAGCUGCAGCCAGAGCCUUCCUUUUACGCUGUUUUGAGCCAGAACCCCAGAGACGUGCCACUGCCAUUGACCUGCUCAAAAACAGUUUCAUAAGCCAGGUGAACAAAUGUAAGAAGACCCAAACAGCUCCCAAGCCAUCAGAGAAUUUCCAGUCCAUUGCCCCGGCCCUGGACAUGGGUGAGUGCAUGGACCACAGCAGCAAGGAGUGUGACCCUGAACCCCUGGAGUUGGAGGAGCAGCCUGCCAGGUCCAUUGACACAGUCUGGGAGCCCAAGCAUGAUAUCUGCCACCUGCUCAGGUAUUGCUUGUCCUGUCCUUUUCCCCCUCCCCUUUUCCCUCCCUCUCCCAACAAUGCUGCUAAGGAGGAUAGAAAACAUACUGCAUCUCUCCUCCAUCAGCCUGCAUCCUGUAAUUUUAUCUUCUUGAAGGCGAGACUGCAGAGUCAGCUCUUAGUCCCUUCCCUCUGGUGUCUUAGAGUAGAGGCUUUGCUCGGGGACACCGGUUGUCUGUCACCUGUGUUUGUCCUCAGUAUUCCGGAUGAUAUCUGUGGCUUAGAAGACCAGAUCACAACCUUGUACCCUGAGAGCAGGGAAUCAGGCCUCUUCCUGCUGAACAAGGAUGACGAGUGCCGUGCCAUCCUGUACAGAAUCCUCAGGGAGGAGCAGAAGCAGCUGGUUGCCAGGCUGCAGGAGUGCGUGACCCAGAGUUCGGAAGAGCUGUACCUCUCAGUCGACCACUUCAAGCAAAUAAUUAGGUUCUUGAGGGACUUCAUCCACUCCCAGGAGGUCAAGGUGAUGGCAUCUAUGAUAUCAAAGCUAGAAGUGGACCUGGAAUUUGACAGCCCGUCCCUUGGUCAGAUUCAGCUGGUACUGUUUGGAUUUCACAGUGCUGUAAAUGAAAUUUUGAGAAACCACGUAAGUAACUGCCACUUGAUGUUUGUGAUGGACAGCAUCAUCCAGCAAGCCGUGCUGGCCGCACUCAACAUUCUCUUCCCAGAGCUCCGAGAUGAGCCCACCUCCAAGACAGAAGAGGUGAAAAAGGACCUGGGUGAGGUGAACCAGGACUGUCCUCCAGCAGACGGUCCCAGAAGUGCAGCACAGGAGAUACAGGGAGAGGCCACACCCGAUUCAGUAUUUGGCCAAGAUGCCCCGCCCCAGGAGUUCUUCCAGCUGGACGUGAAUUUCGAGCUGGAAAGUCUCAGGCAGGAGUCCAACAGAAUUUUGGAAGAGCUACUUCAAAAAGAGGAAGAGCGCCAGAGUCUUCUACAGCAAAAAGUAGAGCAGAAAACUCAGGAAUCGUCUCACCUUCAGUCACGAUUACAAUGUGAUAGUGAGUGUAUUACAGAGACCCCAGCACCGCCUCCCAGGUUUUAUGGACAGAGACCAGAUCAAGAGCUUGUACGCUGGUUACAACUGCAAGGAGCAGAUGCAGAUGCCAUUGACAAGAUUGUUAAACAGGGUUAUACACUUUCUGAUAUUCGUAAUAAGGUCACUAAGGAAGACCUCAGAUACCUUGGACUAUGUAAUGAGGAGCUCCUCUGCAAGCUCUGGACUGCAAUCUCCCAGUACAGAAGACAGACUCGGGGGGCCGCAGCUACCCAGAAUGAGGCUUAAGCAGUCAACUAAGCCAAAGAACAGAGGGAGCAAGGAGCCGACAUCUUUCUUGUUAAAGCUUCUCAGACAGAAACAUGAAACACCACAAACAAUUUAAAAACGUCAAGUUCUAAAGAGUUAAUGAAAUGUUUGUUUUCACCUGUUAUUAAUCAGCGUGUGUUUUGUACCUUUUAUCAACAUGUCUUAUGCCUGUUUAUCAACAUGUUUUAAAGGUGAG